AUUGAUGUAUUUAUUAAGUUGCUAUUAUUGGCAUUUUGUACUAUACGUAUACUUGUUUAUAUUUGGUGCAAUAAAAGAAAUUCAAUUGUAAAUAAAAAUAAAGGCAUUCAUUAUUCCUUUUCACUUACAUUUCGCCCUACGAACGCGAGUUACUUUCUCUGUUUUGCUAGUGAGCUGUCAUACUGACAGCCAGUUGUUAUAGUUGUUUGUUUGCUAAAAUUGUGUGUGCGUGUGAUUUGUUAAUGCCGUGAACAGAUAAGUUUCGAUUUUUAUAAACAAAAUAAACGUGCACAAAUAUAAUAAUUAUGUUAAUUAAAAGCUUGUGUAUUUAUUAAGUGCAAUAAUAUUGUUCAAUGCUGAUACGAUUGUAGGAUUAAUGGAAUGAGCUGUGGAAAAUAAUUUUGCAAUUUCACAUUUGUUAAAAUAUUAUUAUUGUAAUUAAAUAAUUCAUAGAUAUUAGCAAAUUAAACAUUUAAAUAUGUAUCGUAUCGGACCAAUUGGUAGAAAAUCUAACUUUCAUUCGCGUGAGAAAUGCCUUAUCGGACUUGUACUUAUAACGCUGUGUCUUCUAUGCUUUGGGGGUAUAUUUUUAUUACCCGAUAAUUUUGGUAGCGAUCGUGUGUUGCGCGUCUAUAAGCAAUUCCAAAAAGCUGGUCCAGAAAUAUUUAUACCAGCACCACCAUUGGCUGCGCACGCCCCAAAGGAAUUGGAUCCACAUUUUAUGGGUGACCGUAAAAAGUUGCAAGCAAAAAUCAAAGAAGAACUUGGUGAGCUCUUAGAUAAGCCACAACUUCAACAAGAUACGAUAGAUGCCAAUAAUAAUAAUGAUGGCGAUACGGAUUUUGAUGCUAAUGGUGAUUCACCACAAUUAGAUGACAAUCAGCAAGGUGCUGCUCCGCCGUUGAAGAAUAAUGCCGGUUAUAAUAACGAUGAUAUAUCCGGUCGAUUAGAGAAUAAUAUAUUACCAAUUGGUAAUGUUAACCUACAAAUGUCAUUUGGAGGACAUGCAGAUCCAGAUAAUCUCGUAGAAGAAAAAAGGCUAAAAGUAAAAGAGAUGAUGGUGCAUGCGUGGCAAAACUAUAAACUUUAUGCUUGGGGUAAAAAUGAACUAAAACCACUAAGUCAACGCCCUCAUUCCGGAAGUAUAUUCGGUGCAUAUGAUCUUGGCGCAACCAUUGUAGAUGGUCUAGACACACUAUAUUUAAUGGGUUUGGAUAAUGAAUAUAAAGAAGGACGUGAUUGGAUUGAAAGAAAAUUUUCACUUGAUAACAUUAGCGCUGAUCUGUCAGUAUUUGAGACUAACAUACGCUUUGUGGGUGGACUAUUAACGCUCUAUUCCUUUACCGGUGAUAAUUUGUAUAAAGAGAAAGCACAACAUAUUGCUGAUAAAUUACUGCCAGCUUUCCAAACGCCAACUGGUAUACCAUACGCUUUGGUAAAUACUAAAACAGGCAUGAGUAAAAAUUAUGGUUGGGCUUCCGGUGGCAGUUCUAUUUUAUCUGAAUUUGGUACUCUACAUUUAGAAUUCGCAUAUUUAAGCGAUAUUACUGGAAAUCCAUUAUAUCGUGAACGAGUACAAGCUAUACGACAAGUACUUAAAGAAAUUGAGAAACCUAAAGGUUUAUAUCCGAACUUUUUAAAUCCAAAAACGGGCAAAUGGGGCCAAUUGCAUAUGUCACUUGGAGCACUUGGAGACAGUUUUUAUGAAUAUCUUUUGAAAGCAUGGUUGCAAUCAGGCCAAACUGAUGAGGAAGCUCGUGAAAUGUUUGAUGAGGCAAUGAUAGCUAUUAUUGAGAAAAUGGUUCGAACAUCGCCGAAUGGAUUGACUUAUGUAUCAGAUCUAAAAUUCGAUCGUUUAGAACAUAAAAUGGAUCACUUGGCUUGUUUUUCAGGUGGUCUUUUCGCUCUUGGUGCCAACACGCGACAAAAUGAAAAUGCUGACAAAUUUAUGGAUAUCGGUAAGGGUAUCACAAAUACUUGCCAUGAAAGUUAUAUAAGAACUGCUACAAAACUAGGGCCUGAAGCCUUUCGAUUUAGUGAUUCAGCAGAAGCUCGUGCCUUGAAAUCACAAGAGAAAUACUAUAUAUUACGACCAGAAACGUUUGAAAGUUACUUUAUACUUUGGCGUCUAACACAUGAUCAAAAAUACCGUGAUUGGGGCUGGGAAGCUGUACAGGCAUUAGAGAAGCAAUGUCGCACGCCGCAUGGCUAUUGCGGUAUAAAAAAUGUUUAUCAGGAAGUACCGCAAAAAGAUGACGUACAACAAAGUUUCUUUUUAGCAGAAACAUUAAAAUAUUUAUAUUUGUUGUUCUCGGAUGACUCUUUAUUACCUUUGGAUGAAUGGGUUUUCAAUACAGAAGCACAUCCUUUGCCUAUAAGAGGUGCAAAUAUAUACUACCGCCAAGCUCCCACGACGACGGUAUCAUCAAAUACACCUUAAAGGAAUUUAAUAUUAUAUUUUUUGGUAAAAUGGCUGCUACCGGACAAACAACUCGCAUCUUCUGUGGACACUAACAAUUCCAAAUUAUAUUGCGCAUAGCUAACAGUUGUGCAAGUUUAUUAUUAUUUAUUAAUUUAAUUUAAUAGUGAAACUUUUACAAAAUAUCUU